AUGUUAUCUCCUCAAGUAUCACCUUCACCAAAUACUUUGAAUAACAAUAGUAAUAAUAAGAACAAUAACAGUAUAAAUAAUAAUAUAAUAUCAACAUAUCCAGAGUAUACAUCAAUGACUACAAAACAACAACAACAACAAGUAUCGGAAGAUUCAAAUGGCAGACCAAUUCACGAUAUAGCACAAGAAUUUACAUAUCGUCUGAAGGAUCUUACCUAUAACGAUGCUAUUAUCAUUAAUAAACUGAUGCACUUUGCACAAGAUAACAUCGUAGCUGCCAAAGAGAUAUCAGCACUCAUUGAAGAUAGAAUUAGAAAGAGCGUAAAUCCAAAACAAAGACUUGCUGUUUUGUAUCUGAUGGACUCGAUCAUCAAGAAUGUCGGUAAGAUCUACAAGCAGUUGUUUGCCCGCGACAUUGUAAAUACCUAUUGUGCCAGCUUCGAAGCGGUCGACGACACCAUCAAGACGUCUCUAUUCAAUCUUUACAAUACUUGGACCGGUUACUUUGACCCUGUAUUGUUAGAGAAGAUCCAACAGCGCUGCGGUGUCGAAGAGAUGGCCAGAAUUGCGAUUCUCAAGAAACAACAAGUGAAACCUCCACAAAAGACUGGUCAUCCACAGAAGCCAUCCUCAUCAUCAUCAUCAUCAUCCAGACCAACAAUUCCAUCACCAACCGGAUCGCAACAACCACAGCCACAUCCACAAAAACAACCACCAUCACAACAACAACAACAACCAUCUCAACAACAGAUAUCAUCCCAACAACAACAACAAUUAUUACAACAACAACAGCAACAACAACGAAUGCUGCAACAACAACAACAACAACAACAACUAUGGACUCAACAACAACAACAAUCACAAAAUAAACUUAACGUAGGAAUAAAUAUUUAUGAUCAAUGGUCAGGAUUACUUACCCAAAAUAACUAUCCCAAUAUAUAUAACUAUGAUAUGCAACAACAGGUACAAGAUCCCAGGGUCAAUAAAGGAAGUGCUCCUAAUUACUUGAAUGGUCAGUUUAAUAAUCAACUAAAUCAACAAAACAACAAUAUGAUGACAUCAAAUAAUAAUAUGAAUAUAAUGAAUAAUGGAAUGAUGAAUAGCCAACAACAACAACAAUUUAAUAAUAACUAUAAUAAUAAUAAUGUGGGAAUGAAUAACUAUAGCCUUAACAAUAUGUUCCCUGCCGGUGUGAAUAAUAAUCAAAAUUACAAUAAUUUUAAUAAUAUGAUUCAAAGUUUCAAUCUUAAUACCAGUGGUUCAGUACCAAAUCAAACCAAUAUGAAUCAACAACAACAGCAGCAGUGGAACCAAAACAACGCUGGAAACUAUUCAUAUUUCAAUAAUAUGAAUGCUUCCAACUUGUUUAUGAAUGGUUUGGGUGAGGUCAAUCCCAACAAUAAUAACAAUAAUAAUAAUAUUACCAACACCUUUCAACAAGGAGGACAACAACAACCACAACCACAGCAACAACAACAACAACAAUCGAAUAACCCCAAUGCUCAAGAGGAGCAUUCUCAAAUCCAACAGGAACAAUCGCAAUUGUACAAGAUUAUUGAACAAUGUGGUACCAUCCUUGCAUCAGAACCGGAGAAUGAUCAAGUGAAAGCACUGUUGACCGAACUGGAGAAUACCUUGUACCGUGGUUCCUACAAUCAAGCAAAUUAUGCCUUCCUCAAGCAAAAGUUUACCAAUAUCACUGGUAUCUCAAUUCAAGCAUCCAAUAGCCCUCUUCCAAUUGGAAACGUUAGCAACAACAUCAUCAACAACAACAAUGCUACCAACUCAAAACCAUCCGACGAUUCUACCAGCAAGGAUGACAACACAACAAGUGAGCCAUUUAAUCCAGCCGUGGAUUUGUAUGAUGCUCUUCCGCUACAGUGCAAAACAUGUGCAUUGAGAUUCAACGACGAUGAGUUGUUUAAGUUACACAUGGACUGGCACUGGAGAGUGAACAAGAAAGAGAAGAAGAAGAAGAAGCAAGCAAUGUCUAGAUCUUGGUACAUCACCGAAGACGAGUGGAUCGCAUUCGAAUGUGGAGUCACCGAAAUCCAUCACGAACAACCAGCGUUACCUUUCUUGAAUGCCAAAAACAAGAAAGAAGAUGAACAAAAACCGUUACCGAAUUUGGUUGCUGACGACGAGCAACCGAAUUGUCCAAUCUGUAGAGAAAAGUUUGAUAAGUUCUGGGAUGAGUCAAACGAGGAGUGGAUGUAUCGUGCAGUGGAGCUGAAUGAAAAGAUCAAUAAAAUCGUUCAUGUUAAAUGCAAUGGUUCUCCUAAAUUAGAUGAUACCAAUGGCAUUAAUAAAACACCUUCACCACCAGUGUCGCUCUCGUCAUCUUCAACAACCAUUAACAAUACCAUCAAUAACAACAACAACAACUACAAUAACAACAACAAUAGCAGCAGUGAUAUUAAAUUGGAGGAUGUAUCGAUCAUCCCAUCACCAAAGCCAUUAACAAAAACCAUAGAUAAAAAGAGAGAACUGGAGGUAGAACAAAAAUCUGAACUGAUUGAAUCAAAUUCUGAUUCACCGGAGAGAGAUGCAAAAAAGCUGAAAAACGAAUAA